ACAAGGUAUUGUGUUAUUGGUCAGUUUUGGAUAAAAAACGUAGCAAGCAACCUCCUUCAAUUUGUUUAAUCCUGCUACUCACAUUAACUAAUCACACGCUAACAUCGUGGCCGAUACAAUAAUUUCAUACGGAUCAUGAUGCAAUGAACUGGUAAUAAAACUUCUUCCGGAUUCAGAAAUGGAGUCAUCAGUCCAAUUUCUCGAUCGGUUCUGCCUCCACACUCCGACGCCAAAAUGGAGGCUCCUUUGUUGGAUGAGACGGUGGAGGGUGCUGUCGAUUACAAUGGCCGCCCAGUCCUCAGAUCCAAAUUCGGCGGCUGGAGAUCCGCCUCCUUCAUCAUAGGAGUGGAGGUUGCCGAGAGAUUCGCCUAUUACGGAAUCGCCUCCAACCUGAUUAACUUCUUAACGGACGAGCUCCGCCUGUCCACGGCCGCAGCAGCGCAGAAUGUCAAUGUCUGGUCCGGAGUCGCCAUGAUGCUACCUCUACUCGGAGCUUUUCUGGCCGAUUCCUUCCUCGGACGAUACCGCACUAUCGCUCUUUCCUCUGCCCUUUACAUUCUGGGACUUGGAUUGUUGACUGUGUCUGCAACAUUACCUUAUUCGAGCACUUCUGCCUGCCAACAGACAGAAAACCGUGUACCAUGUUCCCCCAGUCUCGUCCACGUAGUUUUAUUUUUCUUCUCCUUAUAUAUUGUGGCAUUUGCUCAAGGGGGACAUAAGCCUUGCGUCCAAGCUUUCGGAGCCGAUCAAUUUGAUGGACAACAUCCAGAAGAGAGCAAAGCUAAAAGCUCUUUCUUUAAUUGGUGGUACUUCGGUAUCGCUGUGGCCACUUUUGCAACAUUUACUACAGUGAGCUAUGUGCAAGAUAACCUUAGCUGGAGUCUUGGGUUUGGAAUUCCUUGUAUUGCUAUGGUUUUUGCACUGCUAGUCUUCUUGCUUGGAACUAAGACGUACAGGUACAGUAGCGAAGGAGAUGUGGAAAACCCAUUUGUGAGGAUUGGACGUGUGUUUGUCAUGGCAGUACGAAAUUGGCGAGUAAUAUCUUCAGAAAUAGCUCAUGAAGAGGAAAUCCUUGGCCUUUUACCGCACCAUAGCUCUCAACAGUUCAGGUUCCUAGACAAAGCUUUGAUUGUACCUAAUAGUUUGAAGGAAGACNAAGAAGUCAUCGGUAUAAACCCCCCCUGA